CUCUAGUGUCUUUACGCUAGGAGGUCCUUGCUUCGCUCUCCUCGCUCGCGGCCUAUAGCCUCUUAUUUUGCCCAGCGAGGCGCCCAGAGAAGCGACACACCACCCCGCAGCCGCCCGCGGGCGCCUGAAAAAAUCUGGCGCUUCAAACGAGCUCUCCAGAGCCGUGAGAGCCCCCGGGUGACCUGCAGCGAGAAUCGCGCCCGGCCGGCGCGCGGGCCCCUCCUGAGCCCAAGCGCGGAGCCCCGGUGAACCGCCCAAGCGCCAGGGCGCGCCGCGCACGACCUCAAGCCGCCCCGAGAAAGGCUUCGCCCGGCCUCACAAAAAGUCGUCCAAGAUGGUCAAGCAGCGCGUCUCCUACUUCUACGACACGGACGUGGGCCACUUUUACUAUGGCCCGGGCCACCCCAUGAAGCCCCACCGCAUCAAGAUGGCCCACCACCUCAUAUUAUCUACUGGGUUGUAUAGGAAGCUCGACGUCUACCGGCCCCACCUCGCGGCGCCUCUAGAGAUGACGCGGUUCCACUCCGACGACUACGUCAAGUUCCUCUCGAAAGUCUCUCCCGAGUCGACGAGACCAUUCUUGCAACAGAUGGCCCAAUUCAACGUCGGCGAGUGCACGGACUGUCCCGUCUACGAGGGGCUCUUUGAAUUUCAACAAAUAGCGUCCGGCGCUAGUAUUGAUGGCGCCGUCAAACUGAACCACGGCGCCUGCGACGUGGCGAUUAAUUGGAGCGGUGGCCUGCAUCACGCGAAGAAAGCCGAGGCUUCCGGUUUUUGCUACAUCAAUGAUAUUGUACUAGCUAUUUUAGAACUCCUAAAGUACCACGCAAGGGUACUAUACAUCGACAUCGACAUCCACCACGGCGACGGCGUGGAAGAGGCGUUCUACUGCACGGACCGCGUGAUGACGUGCUCCUUUCAUAAAUACGGCGACUUCUUCCCGGGCACGGGGGCCAUCACGGAUUUGGGAGCGAAGAAGGGCAAGUACUACAGCGUGAACUUCCCCCUGAAGGAAGGCAUGGACGAUGCAUCCUAUCAAUCUGUGUUUGAACCGGUCAUCGAGAAGAUCAUGGAGGUGUAUAAACCUACCGCUAUAGUAUUGCAGUGCGGUGCCGAUUCCUUGACUGGGGAUAGAUUGGGCUGUUUCAAUCUGACGCUCAAAGGACAUGGGGAGUGUGUGAGGUUCGUGAAAGGCUUUGGCGUACCCUUACUUGUUUUAGGAGGUGGUGGGUACACCAUCAGGAACGUCGCCAGGUGCUGGGCCUACGAGACGUCAGUCGUACUAGACACUCCCUUGGGAGAAGAUAUACCUUAUAAUGACUACUACGAGUACUACGCCCCCGAUUUCAAGCUGCAUUUGACGCCGUCCAUGGCCAUGGAGAACCUGAACGAGCGGGAGGAGCUGGAGCGGACGACGCAGGAGGUGCUGGAAAAUUUGAGUGCUCUGAAGGGUGCACCUUCCCUGACAUUACAAGAUGUGCCGCCGGACUGGGCGACGCGCGACGCCGGGGCCGCCGCCGACGCCGCCGAUCCUGAUGUGAGACAAAUGACUGAUAAGGACGGUGCCGAGAAGGCCGAGCAUCCCGCCGAGUUCGAGCCGAAGGAGGGCGCGAUGGACACGACGGACUAAGUAGUGAUUACUAAGCGUCGCGGCGAUGGUG